AUGACUAUCCCCGAUAUCAACGAAGGUCGCUUCCUCUCCAACGAGACGGGUCGUCUCCAGAUGCAGGGCGCCCUACGGUCAGCGGCCGAGGCGACAGAGACCUCACACGAUCUGAUGCUGCGUUUCUUUAACAUGCAACUGGAGCUGACUGUCGUCCGCAUUGGCUGCGACCUCGGUCUAUUCCGCAUUCUGGCAGCCAGCGAUGAGCCUCUCAGUGUCAACGCCCUGGCCGAGCAAACACGAGCAGCUCCAUCGCUGCUGCGCCGUUUGCUUCGCUACCUCGCCUCCACCCGCGAGGUGACGGAAACAAGCAAAGAUCAUUUCAAGGCAAACCCAGCCACCAAAUCUCUGGCCAACCCCGUCAUCCAAGACUGCAUCUACUACAUCUUCAACAUCGGCGGCCCCGUCUACCAAGCCCUCCCCGAAACCCUCAAAGCAAACGGCUACACCGACACCGGCAAGACCCUCGCCUGGAACAACGGCUUCAACACAGAACUCCCCUUCUUCCCCUGGGCCAAGCAACACCCCGACCACCUAAAAUGGUUCCAGUCACUUAUGAGCGUUCCCCGCGAAGGUGACUGGCUUGACGUUUUCUCAAUCCCCUCGCUCGCCUCCAACAUCAGCCCUGACCAAGCCCUCUUCGUCGACGUGGGCGGCAACAUCGGCCACCAAUCCGCCCGUCUGCGCGCGCGCUACCCCGACCUCCCGGGCCGAAUCAUCGUCCAGGAUCUACCCGAGACGAUCGCGGUCGCACCGCCGGUCGGAGGCGUGGAGCUGAUGGCGCACAAUUUCUUUGAGCCGCAGCCCAUUAUUGGCGCCAAGGCGUACUACCUGCGUACCGUGCUGCAUGAUUGGGACGAUGAGAAGUCGCUCGAAAUUCUGGGACAGUUGGUUCCGGCCAUGAAUGCCGAGUCGGUAAUUCUCAUUGAUGAUAUGGCGUUGCCGGAUACUGAGGUACACUGGUGGUCUGCUUGUCUGGAUUUGCAUAUGUUGGCUAUGCUCGGUGCGCAUGAGCGGACGGAGAGUCAGUGGCGGUCGCUGCUUGAUCGUGCUGGGUUGAGUCUUGUGGAGAUCCGGCCGUAUCACCCUAUGAUGCGACACUCCGUUAUUGUGGCCCAGCUGCCGCAAUAG